CGCGGCUCCACCGGUCCCUGCGGUCACAUGAUCACCACUCCUGGGCAAGAUGGCGGACGACCUGCCUGCUGACUUCGAUGUGGUCAUUCUGGGAACAGGUUUACCAGAGUCCAUCAUCGCGGCCGCCUGCUCUCGGAUCGGGCAGCGAGUUCUGCACCUCGAUACGAGAAAUUAUUAUGGUGGGAAUUGGGCCAGUUUCACUUUCUCAGGGUUACAGACCUGGAUUGAAGACAACAAGAGAGAAUGUGGCGUGGAGGAACGCGUGGCCAGUACAGAACAUACAGCAGAGAAUGAAGAACAGAUUCCCCUGAACCAGAACGACACAACCAUCCAGAACAUAGAAAUAUUCACUUAUUCCAGGAACGGAGACUCUGGAGAUGUGGAGGAAGCUGGGGCACUCGGGAUGAAUCUAGAACGUUUGACCACCGAUUCCACAUUGCCAGAUGCCACCAAUGAAGAUGCCCCUCAGGUGACUCCAUCUGCUGACCAGCCGGACGCUCCGGCAGAAAUCCAGGACACUCAGGACGCAGAGAACGCAGCCAGCAGUGACCAGAAAGAGUCCGCAGGAAGUGACCAGAUACCCAGUGAUAGCAUCGUCCCGGCCGCUAACGCAGAGCCAAGCCCUGCUGCAACCUGCCACAAAGCCGUCACCUAUUCUGAUAUUGUCAGGGAAGGACGCAGGUUCAACAUUGAUCUCGUGUCAAAGGUCGGUGCGUCAGGCAUACUUCUGCAUGGUGCAUAUACAAGAAUGUUAUAUACACUCCCCCUGCUGUGUUACCCCUAUAGUCACACCGUGCCGCACACUAGCCUCUCUGUAGUAGUGAUGCAACGUUUUAUUUUCACAGAUUACAAGGAUCGGACGUUCUCCGAGUUUUUACAGUCUAAACGGUUAACGCCGAGCCUGCAGCACUUUGUCCUGUGUUCUAUCGCAAUGGUGUCAGAGACCGCCAACACGCUGGACGGCCUGAGAGCCACACAGAAAUUCCUGCAGUGCCUCGGACGCUACGGCAACACCCCAUUCCUGUUCCACAUGUACGGCCUGGGAGAGAUUCCGCAGUGUUUCUGCAGGAUGAGCGCGGUGUUCGGGGGAUUAUACUGUCUGCACCACUCCCUGCGGUGUCUCCUGGUGGAGGAAGAGUCCGGGCAGUGCAAAGCUGUUAUUGACAGCAGAGGUAAGCGGAUAAGCUGCAGUCAUGUGAUCAUGGAGAACGCUUACCUACCUGAGCGCACCUGCGCGCAAGUCUGCUACAGUCAGAUAUCUCGCGCCAUUCUCAUCACUGACCGCUCCAUCCUGAAAUCAGAAUCCCAUCAAGAGAUUUCUGUACUGACGGUUCCCCCAGAGGAAGGACAACAGACUGCGGUAUACCUGACCGAGCUCUGCUCAGCCACAAGCACAUGCAUGAAGAACACGUAUCUCGUCCAUCUCACAUGUCCCUCCAUGAAGGCAACGGCCAGAGAAGACCUAGAACCGGUGGUGCAGAAGCUGUUCACACGUGAUGCUGAGGAAGAGCCUCAGAGUGAUCAGUCGGAGAAGCCGCAAGCCCUGUGGAUCCUGUACUUCAACAUGAGAGACUCCUCUGGGGUAGAGCGUCAGUCGUAUGUAGGACUCCCCUCUAACGUACACGUCUGCAGCGGGCCGGAUUCCUGCUUCGGCUACGACCACGCAGUCCAGCAGGCAGAGAAUAUAUUCCGGGAGAUGUUUCCAACUGAAGAGUUUUGUCCACCAGCUCCCAACCCUGAGGACAUCAUUUAUGAUCAGGAGUCCCAGGAACCGGACCCCGGGGAGCCUGACACCACUGUAGACUCUAAGGCAGAUCCCUCGCCUGACACUGACCACGUAGCAGAGCCUGCUGGGGGUACUGAGGAGCCGCAAACAGAGUAAUCCCAUCGCAGCUGGAUCGUUCUUCAUGCCAGAACCGCAAACAGUGCCGGAGCCACAAGCAAAGCUGUGCCAGUGCCGCAAGUCUCUUCUGUGCCAGUGCUGCUAGCCUCUACCAUGCCAGUGCCGCUAGCCUCUACCAUGCCAGUGCCGCUAGCCUCUACCAUGCCAGUGCUGCUAGCCUCUACCAUGCCAGUGCUGCUAGCCUCUACCAUGCCAGUACCACUGGCCUCUGCCAUGACAGUGCCGCUAGCCUCUGCCAUGCCAGUGCCGCUAGCCUCUACCAUGCCAGUACAAGGGCUCCUAAUUCUCCACAUCUCUUACUGCUGUUUAUCACCAAAAAUCUGGCCAGAGAAUGUCCUGUGUAUGUUUACUGCUAAUGUGUCUUAAAUUAUUCUCCUAUAUAUACAGUAUAUGGCAAAGAUGUACAAAAUCUCAAAUGUUUUCAUAUUGCUUAUAUCAUUAAAAUAUGUUUUGAAUGUUA